AGGGAGUAAGGCGGUAUAGGAAGGAGUAGGUAAUUCCAGCUGUGGUGCCCGUCCGCCGUCUGCCCGUAGUAGUGGUUGCCGUCUGUCGUUGUUGGUGUUGGCCGUUAUUGGCAGUUGCGAAUGUGCUGAAGAUCGGUAAAGGCGUCCAAGUUGUUUCGAUCGGGCGUUAGCAGCAGUAGCAGGCAGUCGGUAGCAGCUCAACAGCUUUGCGUCUUCGUCGGAAGUAAAGCAGAAGGCAGAAGUGUGCAAAUACGUAGAGCAUCGUGUGUGUGAGAUACCUUCUCAUAAUUGGCAAAAAACGGUCAGUGUUUCGAAAAUGUUUCACGUGAGGAGUCUGACAAAAUCGUCGAUCGCUUUAAAACAAGCACCACCCGGUGGUAACGAUAUAAUUCAUAAUGCCUUGCGUAUUGUGUCGACGUUUCAAACGCGCGGUUACGCCGAUCAUCAGAUACCGGACCGACUGAAAAAUAUGCCCGACGACCCAAAGCCAAAAUUCUUCGACAUGGUCGAGUAUUUCUUUCACCGAGCUUGUCAGAUAGUCGAGGACAAGUUGGUCGAAGAUAUCGGGAAACGCUCCAGGAUGAGCGUGGAAGAAAAGAAGAAGAAAGUGAAAGGUAUCCUGAAGUUGAUGGAGCCGUGCGACCAUAUCCUUGAGACCACCUUCCCCCUUAGACGAGAUUCGGGCGACUACGAAAUGAUAACUGGCUAUCGCGCUCAACAUUCGACUCAUAGAAUACCGUGCAAAGGAGGUAUACGUUAUUCGAUGGACGUUUCGAGGGACGAGGUGAAGGCUUUAUCGGCGCUGAUGACUUUCAAGUGUGCCUGUGUAGACGUCCCCUUCGGCGGGGCUAAAGCUGGUGUUAAGAUCAAUCCGAAGGAGUAUUCGGAAAACGAGCUUGAAAAAAUUACCAGGCGGUUCACGCUGGAAUUGGCUAAGAAGGGAUUUAUCGGGCCGGGUCUCGAUGUACCGGCUCCUGACAUGGGAACCGGGGAACGUGAAAUGUCCUGGAUUGCCGACACGUACGCCAAGACCAUAGGCCAUUUGGACAUCAACGCUCACGCCUGCGUCACCGGCAAGCCUAUCAAUCAAGGUGGAAUUCACGGACGUAUUUCGGCGACUGGUCGUGGUUUGUUUCACGGACUGGAAAAUUUUAUCAACGAAGCCAAUUACAUGCAGAUGAUCGGCACCACGCCCGGCUGGAAAGGGAAGACGUUCAUCCUACAAGGUUUCGGUAACGUCGGCCUGCAUUCGAUGCGUUACCUCCAUCGCGCCGGCGCUCGUUGCAUAGGAUUAAUAGAACACGAUGGCUCAAUCUUCAAUCCCGAAGGGAUCGAUCCAAAAAAACUAGAGGAUUACCGCAUAGAGAAUGGAACUGUCGUGGGUUUCCCUGGUGCUAAACCGUUCGAAGGUGAACUUAUGUACGAACCUUGCGAUAUAUUUAUACCCGCCGCCGUAGAGCAAGUUAUCACUAAGGAAAAUGCCUCUAAGAUCAAGGCAAAAAUCAUAGCUGAAGCUGCCAACGGUCCCACCACUCCAGCUGCCGAUAAAAUUCUGAUAGAGAAAAAUAUUUUAGUCAUACCAGAUUUGUAUAUCAACGCCGGCGGUGUCACAGUUUCCUUUUUCGAGUGGUUAAAGAACUUGAACCACGUGUCGUACGGUCGUUUAACGUUCAAGUACGAGAGAGAAUCUAAUUAUCACUUAUUACAGUCCGUACAAGAAUCGUUGGAACGCAGGUUGGGUUGCGAGGGCGGCCCGAUUCCCGUGACACCCUCCGAAGCGUUUCAAAAACGUAUUUCUGGUGCAUCUGAGAAGGACAUCGUCCAUUCCGGAUUGGACUAUACCAUGGAGAGAUCCGCAAGGGCUAUCAUGAAGACAGCCAUGCAGUUCAAUCUAGGUCUCGACCUGAGGACAGCGGCGUACGCCAACUCGAUCGAGAAAAUAUUUACCACUUAUUCCGAGGCGGGUCUCGCGUUUUAACUCUCAAGUACUUACGGACGCAAAAAUAAAUUCAUGAUUAGAACUGCGAAGAGUCAGUAUUUUGAAAACUGUCUUCACGAUUUCUCGAACCACCUCGUACUACCCAGGUGGUAGGUGUAUCAUGGUGACAGAAACCAAAUUUAGUAACUAAAAUUUAAGUAUUCCGUUUCAUAUCGCCACAUGACAGCAGCUGUUCUUUCGAACACGUUAUAAUACAUACAUAAUUUGCCCGACCAACACGAGUGACGCCUCCCCCGAAUCACACUCGUGUCGCCUUAGUAUAUUUGUAUGAUACAGAGCGGUCGGCGAUCAGCCAAGUAGCCAAGUAGCAGAUUUUGGACGAAUCGUUCGGAAUAGCGUACACGUGUUCCUUUGUCAACGUCGAUUUUGUAAAACUCCGGCCGAGAUUGGCCGACAUAAGGGUGCAUUUUUAUAUUCUCCAAGUCUGUGUGUAUCUUCGCAUCGAUAAAGGGGGCGUGUAAGUACGCGAUAUUCAGCACGCGCCGAAACGAAAACCAGCAAUGGGCGGAAACAAUCACUUGUAAAAUCCAAUGAUUUCCGUCAUCUCGCCAUGGAAGCCAUUUUAAAUCGACACUCGUUUCUAAUCGAAACGACACGUUAUGUAUCAUACAAUAAUAUUGUUAUACCUUUCAGAAGUAUGUGAAUAAAUAACAAAACGAAUAUGA